GCUACCAGUAGUGUUGUAAUACUGUACUUACGUUUAUGCUUAAAAUACUUACGUGUCGUUGCGCGCUACGACAACGAAAAAUAAUUUGCUGCAACUUUGAUUAUCUUCUCGCUAUCAAUUCUGAUUGCAGUAUUAUCAAUUGACCCCUGAGUUUGACAUGAUGCUCAAAGUGAUCAAGUGUCGUGCAGGUUUCUAAUCGUGGAUAAUCUCGUUUCUCUCUCUCUCUCUCUCUCUCUCUCUCUCUGUUAUAAAACGUUGUGAUUCCUUCACAACAUUAGCUCCAGAGUCAUAAGAUUACUCGAAGAGACAAAGUAUACGAGUUCCCCCAACACGCGGUUCCCCCUCUCUCGUUUGCAAUCAUCUCAACCGGAUGAGAUGACUUCGUGGUAUGUAAUUUGUCGCGAGUUCCAAGUCAGUUAAAAGGAUUCGCGCAACAGUAUUCUUCGCUAUCCUUCGGUUUCUCUCCUCAAACGACGUGUCGACACGCCGACAAUGGCAGAAGAAAGCGCGUGUUCCGGGCCGGGUUACAAGAGUCCAAGAGCGGCGAUGCUCGAGGGACCGCGCGAGAAGCUGCUUUACGUCAUCGGUAUACAUACGGAUCCCGAAAAGGCUGAUGUCCUCUGCACAGUGGAUGUGGAUCCCGAUAGUCCUACGUAUUGUCAGAUAAUACAUAAAUUAAGAAUGCUAACGGCUGGCGAUGAGUUACAUCACUCCGGCUGGAAUAUUUGUAGCAGCUGUCAUGGAUCGCUCCGCAAACGUGAUACGCUGGUAUUGCCGUGUCUUAUGUCAGAUCGGGUGUAUCUGGUUGAUACGAGUAACGAGAAAAUGCCCAGAAUCAAGAAGGUUCUGGAACCGGAAGAAAUGCACAAGCACGGGAUAUCUACGCCGCACACUUCUCAUUGCCUGCCAACUGGCGAGAUAAUGAUCUCCACCAUGGGAAAUCUUAAUGGCGAUGGAUUGGGUGAAUUUUUCUGCAUCGACGCAGAGACUCUACGAGCGAAAGGCACAUGGACCAAGGGCCACGAGAAAGCAGCUUUCGGAUACGAUUUUUGGUAUCAACCGUAUCACGAUACGCUCAUCUCUACGGAAUGGGGUGCACCCAGAGUCUUUAAGAAGGGAUUUAUCCCAAAGGACGUUUAUGAUCCCAAGAUCUAUGGCAGAAACUUGAACAUUUACUCGUGGAACGAACGAAAGCUGAAACAGACCAUCGAUCUGGGAGAUGACGGAAUCGCACCUUUGGAAAUAAGAUUCCUUCAUGAUCCAUUAGCAGCCGAAGGAUUCGUGGGCUGCGCGGUAACGUCGAAUAUUUAUCGAUUUUAUAAGAUGGAGAACAACUCGUGGAAGGCCGAAAAGGUGAUUCAGAUACCACCGAAAAGAGUCGAGGGAUGGAUCAUGCCCCUGAUGUCAGGUAUGAUCACCGACAUUCUCCUAAGUCUCGAUGACAAAUAUCUAUACCUGUCCAAUUGGUUGCACGGCGACGUUAGACAAUAUGACAUUUCUGAUACAAAAAACCCGAAAUUGACGGGUCAAGUCUUCCUAGGAGGAUCGAUACUGAGCGAUUCGCAGGUGCGUGUGACGCGAGACGAGGAAAUGAGCAGUCAGCCCGACCCAGUCUACGUGAAGGGACGUAGAUUGUAUGGCGCGCCGCAAAUGUUGCAGUUAAGUUUGGACGGACGUCGUUUGUAUGUGACUACGUCGAUCUUUAAACCAUGGGACAAACAAUUUUAUCCCGAUCUCCUCAAAUAUGGAUCAACGAUGGUGAAGCUCGAUAUUGACGUCGAGAAGGGCGGAAUGAGGCUCGACCAUCGAUUUCUCGUUGAUUUCGGCGCCGAUAAGAGCGACAUUUUACUGGCGCACGAGAUGAGAUAUCCUGGUGGAGAUUGCACCUCGGAUAUAUGGCUGGCAGAGAAACCUUAAACUUUGAUGAUUGGACUGUAGAUGUAGAGUCAAAACAUUUCAACAUCUGCGAAAGUAGUAAUGCAUUUUAUAGCAUCGUAGUUUUGCACAAAAACAUUUCUGUCGAAAUGUUCUACGUUAUAAACAAUUCAAAGAUUGUGUAGCCACAUGUAAAAUUUCAUUGCGUUUCCAUGAAGAAUCGCGUCGGCCGAUUUUAUUUUUGUGUUCCGUAACAAUGUUUCGUAUAUUAUCCCCGCAAUAUACAAUACCCGCAAUGAGUUACGUAAAAUUAAAUUUUUUCCCCACGAAAUCUCUCGAUCCUUUUCCUCCAUCUAGAAAAUUAUUCAAAAAUGUUCUUUCGAUAAGGAUAAGAAAUGUACUUAUCAGAUAAAUUAAUAAAAGGUACUCAUAUAAAA